AUGACUUUCAAGACUUUCCUUGGUGCUGCAGCGGAUGAGGUCGCCAACCUUCAAUCUAGAGUUGCAGCCAUGGCCUCUCAGUUUCCAUCCAAUGAAAUGUACUGGGCAUCGCUUUCCCUUGCCGAUGCGUUUGCUCAAUUGAAUUCGCUCCGAUUAUCACAGACGACACAUCCGGCCGAUGAUGCCGCUAGAGUGGACGACAAAGACCGUCAGCUGCAUCUCGACUGUGGCAGUUCGACUGCUGAGGACACUCCAUCUGUGCACCGCCGGCUGCAUUUCGACUGUGGCAGCUCGACUGCUGAGAACACUCCAUCUGUGCCAACUGAAGAAAAAUGGCCAUAUCUGGAUUGUUGCAAUUUGGUUGCAGUGGACUCGGCAUCUAACAAAUUCAACAACAGCCCUCUAUGGAUCCACAAAGCGACUUACGAAGCACUAAGUGGGACUCGCGAGUCCUGUGUCGGCCCUGAAGGAGAUGUAGUCAGCGGGUCUUUGUCUCUCUCCAUCAACACUGACCCCGACGCAGGGGAGAACAGCAGCGGCAAUGCUGCAACCUUCAUAGGCCCCUAUCAUCCCUGCUGCAUGUCUGCACCUCGCAGGUCAAGAAGAAAGCAGCUCCUUCCUUGGCUCUCCGCGAAGCUUGAAAUGGCAGAUCUGGCCGUCCGAGUCGAGUACGGCGAGAGAGCCCUUAGGCCGACCAGGGCGACGGCAGUCUAUAUUGACAAAUUGAUGGCUGCACUGGACCAGGGGGAAGCUAAGUAG